AAUAAAAUGUGUGCCUCCAAUAACAAAUAUGUUACUGUAACAAUAAAUAAAAGUUUACUUGGAAUAAUUUUAUCCAAUUCUUAGCUAGAGGAAUGUCUGUAAUACAGAAAUGACAUGGCACUCAGCUCUACAACUGUGAAACAGAAAGGACGUCAGCGUCGCAAGCCAACAAUAUGGACAAGAGAAAAGAUUUAUAAACUAAUUGAGCUGUAUCGUGCAUCAGAUUGUUUAUGGAACCAUUAUUCGGAAUUGUACAAAAACAAGGAUUGUCGAAAUAAAGCAAUAGAUCGGAUAUGUAAAACACUGGAAAUUUCAAAAAUUGAUUAUGGUAAAAAAGUGCAUAAUCUGCGAAAUCAAUUCAAUUCAGAAUUAAAGAAAUAUGAAAGACGUUUGGAAAAAAUGGGUGGUGCGAAAAAUGCAUCAACAAAAACAUGUCGUUGGGAGCAUUUUGAAACCUUAAUGUUUCUGCGACCUAUCAUUGAGCCCCGACCGGGCUAUCAACCACAAAGCAAGAAAUCUGUAAAUAGCAUUAAGUUAUCCUAUAAUGAAAAUACCGAACAGGAACCUGCGGAAAGCCCGAUAGAGGAAAAUAAAGAAUUACCAAAUUUAAGUGUCGAGCAGUCAAAUAAUCGAGUUGUAAAAGAACUUGAACCGUGCGAAGUACAACAAAAUUCUACAUCAAAACAUUGCAAAAGCUUUUCAUCAAUUUCCACGCAUGUAGAAAAGCAAAAUUGCAUGGAAGUUCCGAGGCCAGGUGUUCGUGAUCAGUGGGAUGCAUUUGGCGAAUUGAUAGCCAAUGAAUUUCGUAAUCUAAACUCAAUGAUUUCACGGAAAAAGCUUAAACGUAAAAUCAUGCAAAUUAUGCUAGAAGUUGGCGAAGAAGAUGAUAAAAAAUAUACAAAUAUGAAUUGAA